UUCAACAAACGACACUCAAUUUCUUCACUCCCUCGUCAACUGCUUCGCUUCGUUUAACCAUCGAAAAAGUGAGCCAAGGGUUUUGACUCUCUUCGUUUUCUACGGCGAAAUCUCUCCGAUUUUCCGGCGACGUUUACUCUGCCUUCCUCCAACACCGCCGUUUUACUCCAUCGUGCCAGCUUAAGCAAUCAAGUGUGUUUUGAGGUAUACCAGAAAAGAUGGACUAUAUUGUUGAACGGAAUUAAUUUUCUGUUACCAGAAAAGAUGGACAUUGAUGAGAUGGAUAUUGAAGAGAUCGAGGCUACUGCGGAGAUCAAUCUAUCUGAGCUAGGAGAAAGUUUUCUCCAGAGUUUCUGCAAGAAAGCUGCAACUUCCUUCUUUGAUAAGUAUGGACUUAUAAGUCAUCAGCUCAAUUCCUACAACUUCUUCAUUCAACACGGGCUUCAGGAUGUGUUUGAAUCCUUUGGUGAUAUGCUUGUGGAACCGUCGUUUGAUGUGAUAAAGAAGAAGGAUAACGAUUGGAGAUACGCUACGGUGAAAUUCGGAAAAGUCACUGUGGAGAAGCCCACUUUCUUUUCCGAUGACAAGGAGCUUGAGUUUCUCCCAUGGCAUGCCAGGCUUCAGAACAUGACAUAUUCAGCAAGGAUCAAAGUCAAUGUCCAAGUUGAGGUGUUCAUAAAAACUGUUGUUAAAAGCGACAAAUUCAAGACGGGACAAGACGAAUAUGUCGAGAAGAAGAUACUUGAGGUCAAAAAGCAGGACAUUCUAAUUGGUAGCAUUCCUGUCAUGGUGAAAUCUGUCCUUUGCAAAACAAGCGAGAAAGGAAAAGAAAACUGCAGAAAGGGGGAUUGUGCCUUUGAUCAGGGUGGCUAUUUUGUGAUAAAGGGGGCUGAGAAGGUGUUUAUAGCUCAAGAACAGAUGUGCACAAAGAGACUGUGGAUUUCUAACUCACCAUGGACAGUCUCUUUCAGGUCCGAAAAUAAAAGAAAUAGGUUCAUUGUGCGCCUCUCGGAGAAUGAGAAAUCAGAAGACUAUAAGAAAAGGGAGAAAGUACUGACAGUGUACUUCUUGUCGACUGAGAUUCCAGUCUGGCUCCUGUUCUUUGCGCUGGGUGUUUCGUCAGACAAAGAAGCCAUGAAUCUGAUUGCUUUUGAUGGUGAUGAUGCAAGCAUUACCAACAGUCUCAUAGCUUCUAUCCAUGAAGCUGAUGCAGUUUGUGAAGCUUUUCGCUGUGGGAACAAUGCUUUAAGUUAUGUUGAACAGCAGAUCAAACCUUGGAGGCCUGGAUGGGCCGGCUUUUCAAGAUGGGGAAACGAAAGGGUCUACAAUGGUAGAUCGGGUGAGAUGAUGCGUUCUCUGAUAUUCAUGGGCCCAACUUUCUACCAGCGACUUGUCCACAUGUCAGAGGACAAAGUCAAGUUCAGGAACACCGGACCAGUCCACCCGCUCACACGCCAGCAAGUCGCAGACAGGAAGAGGUUUGGCGGGAUAAGGUUUGGAGAAAUGGAGCGAGACUGCCUAAUAGCUCACGGUGCAUCUGCUAAUCUGCACGAGCGUCUCUUCACUCUAAGUGACUCUUCUCAGAUGCACAUCUGCAGAAAAUGUAAGACCUAUGCGAAUGUGAUCGAGAGGACUCCAAGCAGUGGAAGAAAGAUCAGAGGGCCAUAUUGUAGAGUCUGCGUAUCCUCAGACCAUGUGGUUAGAGUCUAUGUUCCGUAUGGAGCUAAACUUCUGUGUCAGGAGCUGUUCAGCAUGGGCAUCACUCUCAACUUCGACACCAAGCUCUGCUGAUUACCCCUCUUUAUUAUGUAAAGGUCUUAAUGCCUUAAGACCAUGUUAUGUGUAGUUUGCUUCCAUCCCGGUUCUGGUUAGUAGCAUUGGUUUUGGUUUGGUUGAUUCGGUAAGGUUAUCCGAACCGAAGAAAUCGUUAAACCAAGCCACGGAACUAACCCGUAAAUGUUGCUUUUGUGAGAUUUGACUCUUUAACCAACUGUUAAGCUGUUUUUUUUUUUUGUCAA